UUUUGGGAUACAUAGUAAUAGGAUGUCAAUCUAAAACUAAAUUAUGGUUUCCUAAUAAAAAAGAUCCAAAUGGGAAAGGUACUCAUUUGUGUGUCAGAUGUUUUCAAUGGCACUAGCUUGUCCUACUCCUUGGAUAACAGCACCACCUAAUUGCUGUUCACUUGCAUUGAGAUCACUGAAUUCUUCUGGGUCGCUGCGAGUCCUUACUAUUCAAACUAAAUGCAUAGCAGGCAACAAUGGGCUUGGGAAACUUGGAAGAAGAACGGCUUUGCAAAGGAUAGCUUUUGUGGGUACUUUAUUUGGAGCAACUGUAGAAUGUGGAGCCGGGUUCGCUUCCCAAAUUAAGUAUACUAAUUUGAGCAUUGAGGAGAUAAAGUCUAUCAUUGAAAAUGAUAUAAAUAAAGGUCAAUACUAUGUUACCGGAAAUAUGACGAAAGAGAUAUACAAGAAUAAUUGCAGGUUUAGAGAUCCAACUACAGAUUUAGUUGGACUGGACAAGUAUAUCUCUGCAGUUAAGUUCUUAUUUGAUCCAAAUUCUUCAAAACAAGAAUUACUUUCCAUUUCAGUGAUUGAUCCCCAUACUAUAGAAGCAAAGUGGCGGCUAGAAGGGUACCUAAAGUUUCCUUGGAAUCCACACAUUGAACCUUAUGAAGGUUCCACUCGCUAUGUGGUUGAUGAUAGCGGGUUAAUCUCAUCUCAUGAGGAAACCUGGGAUAUUUCUGUGUGGACAGCAUUACAGGAAUUUCUUUUACCGUCACAGAAACCUACGUAGUUUCAAUCACAUCUAUGAAUUUGGUCACAAGUUCUAUUUUUCUUUUGUAAACUUCUGAAUUGCAAGUCAUGCAAAAUGUAUUUUCAUCUGAAUAUAAAGCUGUCUGGUUAUGGUAGCCAUCAUGCUUUAUCUCCGGGAAAAUAGCCAUUAUGUUAAUGCCUUGAUGUAAUUAGUGGCACUCUCGCUUGUAACUGGCAAAUUGUACCGUUGGAACUUGGAAGCAUAUAUUGAAAUCUUUAUUCCUAAAAA